AUGGCUAUUGGAGAGGCUUUUCUCUCUGCCUUUCUUCAAGUUUUGUUUGAUAGACUAGCUUCCAAUGAAUUUGUAGGCCUACUAUGUGGCAGGAAAUACGAUGAUUUGCUGGAUAAGUUGAAGAUCACCUUGCUGACGGUUACCACGUUGCUUAAUGAUGCUGAGGAGAAGCAGUUUUACAACACUGCAGUGAAGAAGUGGCUACACAUGACUAAGGAUGCUCUAUAUGAUGCAGAGGACAUACUCGAUGAGCUAGCUAGUGAAUCGCAUACCAACAUGAAUAAGGUAUGGAAUUGGAACCCUAUUUCCACCCCUCGCAGUCCAUCUACUAGAGGGAUAGAAUCUAAAUUGAUGAAGAUCAUUGAGAGGUUGGAGUUAAUUGCCAAAUAUAAAAAUGUUUUAGGCCUGAAAGACAAUGUUGGAGAGAGGUUGUUUGGGUUUAGGCUUAGAUCACCAACAACUUCGUUGGUGGAUGAAUCAUGUGUUUAUGGCAGGAGCUAUGAUAAAGAGAAGAUAAUUCAAUUUCUAGUACAGGAUGAACCAGCAACUCGCAAAGUUGGUGUAGUUCCUAUAGUGGGCAUGGGUGGCAUUGGAAAAACAACUCUUGCUCAACUGGUUUACAAUGAUGUCAUAGUGGAAAGGCGUUUUGAUUUGAAAGUUUGGAUAUUUGUAUCUAGUCACUUUGAUCCAGUGAGGGUCACAAAAACAAUGCUUUGGUCAGUCCAUUCAGAAAAAGUUGAUAUUGAUGACUUGAAUUUGCUACAAGUUUGUUUGAAAGAAAAAUUGGCUGGGAAGAGGUUCUUGCUCGUUUUAGAUGAUGUUUGGAACAAAAGAAGUCAUGAUUGGGAUCUCUUGUGGAUGCCUUUGGAAGUAGGGAAAAGUGGAAGUAAGAUAAUAGUCACGACACGGAAUAGUGAUGUUGCCUCGAGCAUGGGGACUGUACCAGCUUAUCAUUUGAGCGGUUUAUCAUUCGAAGAUUGUUGGUUAUUGUUCAUGAGUCAGGCAUCAGAGAACAGAAUCAUCGAUGUUAUUUUUCAGGCCAUUGGCAAGGAUAUUGUGAAAAGGUGUGACGGUUUGCCCUUGGCAGUGAAAAGAUUUGGAAUCCUACUGCUGUCAAGAACUGAAGAAGAUGAGUGGAAAGACAUUUUAAAUAGGCCAAUAUGGGAUCUACCAGAUGAUGAAAGUAACAUACUUCAAACUUUAAGCCUAAGCUAUCAUCACCUUCCUGCUCAUUUGAAGCCUUGUUUUGCAUACUGUUCCAUUUUCCCAAGAGAAUUUGAGCUGGACAAGGAUUCACUUGUUUUAUUAUGGAUGGCAGAAGGUUUCCUUCAACAACCUAAAGGAAAUAAAAAGUUGGAAGCUGUGGGUGGUGAGUAUUUUCAUGAGCUAGUAUCCCGAUCAUUUCUUCAACAGUCUGUUCACAACAGAUCACGAUAUAUAAUGCACAACCUCAUGCAAGAGCUAGCUCACUUUGUUUCUGGAGAAUUCUGUUUCAGGUUAGAAGAAAAAGUUGAGGAUGGUAAUGAACACAAAGCUUUUGAGAAGGCUCGUCAUUCUUCCUAUAUUCGUCGUCAACGUGAGGUAACAACAAGGUUUGAGUCCUUCAGCAGACUUGAGCGCUUACGUACCUUCCUUCCAUUGGAUUCAACAGAUGGAAUUGGUGUAAGCUAUUUGGCUAAGAAAGUCCCUCAUGAUCUGCUGCCCAAGUUAAGACGUUUACGAGUGCUAUCUUUCGGUGCAUGUCGUAUUACAGAACUGCCUGAAUCACUUGGCAAUUUAAAACAUCUUCGCUAUUUGGACCUUUCUCGCACUGCAAUUAAAGGGUUGCCUGAUUCAAUGACUAUGCUUUGCAACUUACAGACAUUGAUAUUAUCAGAAUGUCGCUCUCUCACUGAGUUGCCAGUAGGGAUGGGGAACUUAACAAGCCUUCGUCAUCUUCAUAUUAAUGGAAGCAGACUAGAAGAGAUGCCACCACAAAUGUGUACAUUGAAGAAUCUUCAAACCUUGUCAGAGUUCAUGGUUGGUAGAAACAGAGGAUGGGGAAUUAGAGACUUGAAGGACAUGCUGCAACUUAAGGGCUCGCUUCACAUUUCUGGAUUGCAGAAUGUUGUUAAUUUUGUAGAUGCAAUGGAGGCUAAUCUGAAGGGAAAGCAGGAACUUGAGAACUUGGUGUUCCAAUGGAGUGAAAGUUUUAAUCGUUCACUCAAUGAUAAGAUGCCACAAAUUCACAGGAACCUUGAAGAUCUCAGCACCAGAGGCCAUAGUGUUUCAAGAUUUCCUAGUCUCAAGGAAACCAUGGAGGUUUCUGCAUUGGAACCGAGAAACAGUGUGGAUAUUGCAAGAAAUGAAAGAGUUGAAGUGGUUGUACUUGAGAUGCUGCAACCUCAUAAAAAUAUAAAAGGAAUCACAGUGAAAGACUAUGGAGGCACAAGAUUUCCUAGUUGGAUUGCAUCCCCAUUGUUCUCCAAUAUCAUAUUUUUAAAAGUUACUGAUUGCAGGAAGUGUAUAGAACUACCAGCACUUGGGCAACUCCCUUCGCUCAAACAUCUAAUUCUUGAAGGGAUGGAUGGCAUUAAAAGUAUAAGUGCUGAGUUUUAUGGGAAUCGUUACUCUCCUGUCCUUCCAUUCCCAUCGUUGGAAACUCUAAAGUUGAACCGGAUGAUAAACUGGGAGGACUGGUCAUCUUCUGGGGUUGAAGGUAGGGGAGACUUGCGUUGCCUACAGAAGAUUGAAAUUCUAAAUUGUCCGAAGCUUAGAAGUUUUUCACAGCACUUUUCUUCCUUGAGAGAAAUGAGAAUCAAGUGGUGUGAAGAACUGGUUGCUAUUGCAUGCUUUUCAAAUACUGAUAAUGCCUUAGGUAGAGGCAUAGAAUUCCCUUGCCUCCUCGAACUUUCUAUAUGGACAUGUCCCAAGUUGAAGAGAUUGCCUUGUCUCUUUCCUUCUCUGAAAUUACUUGAGAUAAAUGGAUGUCAAGAACUAGAAGAACUUCCCAACCUCCCUUCGAUCCAUGAGUUGGAACUUAAAAAUUGCAAUGAGGGGGUAUUACAAAGUAUAGGUGGACUUGCCUCCGUUACUUACUUGCGUUUGAAUCAAAUUCCCAAUCUUGCAUGUCUACUUGAAGGGUUUCUGCAAAACUUAACAGCUCUUGAAGAGUUGCAGAUUGCGGAUCUAAGUGAGAUCAUCACUUUGUCUAAUGACAUUGGAUUGCAAAACCUGUUGCACCUCAAGCACCUGGAAAUUUCAGAAUGUCCAUUCCUGAAAGAGCUACCACAAUGCUUGUACAAACUCUCCUCUCUUAAGGAGCUUAGAGUGUGGAGAUGUCCAUCACUUGUAUCAUUUCCAGACACAGGCUUUCCUUCCACACUUAGAGGCCUUGAAAUCAAGGGUUGCGAGUCUCUGCAGUUCCUACCACAAUGGAAGAUGCACAAUGACGAGAGGUCCUCUCCGUUUGAGUAUUUGGUAAUUGAAGACUGUUCUUCUCUCAAGUCUUUACCAGGAGGAAAGCUUCCUAGCACACUUAAACACAUUGAAAUCCAAAACUGUAAAAGUUUGGAUUCCCUCCCAGAGGACAUGAUUCAGAAUAACACUUGUCUUGAAUUCCUUAACAUUUCCGGGUGUCAUUCUGUCAUGUCCUUUCCGGAAGGUACUUUUGGGCUCCCUGCAGUCACAUCUAACAUGGUGAUGAACCUUAAACAACUCAUCAUCAACAACUGCACCAAACUCAAGUUGAUACCUAAAGGUCUCCACAAUCUUAUCCAUCUCAGCAACUUAGAAGUUGCUGAGUGUCCACUUCUCGAGGCUAUUACAGAAUUUGGCUUGCCAACCUCCAUGCUGCAGUCAAUCAAAAUCUCCAACUGCCAAAGCCUCAAGUCCCUGCCAAAUCACAUGUACAACCUCACAUGUCUUCAACAACUAUCUAUAGAAGGUUGUUCCAAUCUUGUGUCAUUUCCAGAGGGUGGCUUGCCUACCAAUCUAUUGUUGCUUUCAAUCUUGGAUUGCGAGAAACUCUUACCAACAUUUGAGUGGGGGUUGCAUGGGCUCACAUGUCUCACCAACCUCACCUUUGGCGGUUGUGAAGCUCUUGUGUCGUUCCCAGAGGACUGGCUGUUGCCUACCACUUUAUCCUCUCUUCAACUUCAAAGAUUGCCAAAUCUUGAAUCCCUUCCGAAGAGGCUGAAUGAUCUCACCUCUCUGGAUAGUCUGGAGCUAUCAGAAUGUGACAAACUUCAAACCUUUUCUGAAGAGGAGCAACCAAAGAUGCUUCAGAAUUUUGAAAUUUUGGGUUUCCCUCUUACAAGUGGUUUUGUCUAA